AAGUUAGCUCAGAGCAGCCACACCCCCACUUUCUGCACAGUGUCAGUGUACACUGGUAGGUAAGAAUGGCUAGUGCUAGUGUUAGUGAGGUACAUGAUAAUGAUGGAUCGGUAUUGGACACUCCUCAAGAAGACAGUCCAAAGGAACAGCUCUACAAAGUGCUGGUAAUUGGAGACUUUGGAGUUGGCAAGACAUCCAUCAUCAGGAGAUACACGGAAAACGUAUUCUCACCAAACUACAAGCUCACUAUUGGAGUCGAUUUCUCUCUAAAGACCCUGCAAUGGGCAGACGAAACAAGAAUCAGCUUGCAGUUAUGGGACAUAGCUGGACAUGAACGGUUCUGGCACAUGACUCGAGUUUACUACAGAUAUGCAAUUGCUGCAAUCAUUGUGUUUGACCUAACGAGACAAGUGACGUUCGACUCAGUUCUCAGAUGGCUGAGCGAUGUAAAUGAGAACGUGUUACUUGAUAAUGGACACCCUGUUCCAGUUUUACUGCUUGCAAACAAAAAUGAUGCUGAUAAUAGCCAAGUAGACACUUCAAAGUUGGACGAUUUCUGCUCCAAAUAUGAUAUAGCUGGAUGGUUUGCUACUUCCGCCAAAGAUAACACAAAUAUCACUGAAGCAAUGCACUUCAUUGUUGAGAGGAUUCUUGAGCUGGCCAGUCGUAGAUUGGAGGAGGUUGAAAACGAGGAUUUUGUGGAUCUGGGGCUAGAGAAUAUUGACCAAGAAUCCAGCACAACUGUCGGUACACACUCCAAACUAUACGGAGGCAGUUAUUCCAGUGCAUCACAGACCAAACGACUCAUCGGGCUGGUUCCCAAUGACUCCACUGAUAAACCACCCAAUUCAUGCUCUUGCUAGUAGUGUGUAUUUGUACAAGUGUGUGUGUGUGUGUGUGUUCCAUACAGGUCUUUUUUUUCAUGGCAAAGGAACUUAAAUUUUCAAAAAAUGAAGGUAUCCUCAA